GCACUGAGCAUGCCCAGUCGUAGGGCCGACCGCAGGAGUUUUCUUUUCUUUUCUUUUUUUCUUUUUUCUUCCGUUUUUGAUCUUAAGUAAGCGGCUUCCCUCCCACCCACCCCGGCCUCCGUCCCCUGAAGCCGAGGCAGCUGCGAUGGCCGAGGGCCCCGGCGUGCUGCUGUCCCAGGCGGGUUGGUAUCUUUCAGAUGAAGGCAUUGAAGCUUGUGCAAGUUCUCCUGACAAAGUCAAUAUAAAUGACAUCAUUCUCAUUGCUCUCAAUACAGAUCUGAGAACAAUUGGCAAGAAAUUUCUUCCCAGUGACAUCAGCAGUGGUGGAAAGGUAGAAAAGCUUGAAGGUCCUUGUGUUUUGCAAAUUCAAAAAAUUCGCAAUGUUGCUGCACCAAAGGAUAACGAAGAAUCUCAGGCUGCACCAAGGAUGCUGCGUUUGCAGAUGACUGAUGGUCAUAUCAGUUGCACAGCAGUAGAAUUUAGUUAUAUGUCAAAAAUAAGCCUAAACACACCACCUGGAACCAAAGUCAAGCUGUCAGGCAAUGUUGACAUAAAAAACGGAUUCCUGCUCUUGAAUGACUCUAACACCACAGUUCUUGGUGGUGAAGUGGAACACCUUGUUGAGAAAUGGGAGUUACAGAGAAGCUUGUCAAAACACAGUAGAAGCAACAUUGGAACUGAAGGUGGACCACCUCCUUUUGUGCCUUUUGGACAGCAGAAGUGUUUAUCUCAUGUUCAAGUAGAUAGCAGAGAACUUGAUCGAAGAAAGACAUUACAAGUUACAAUGCCUGUCAAACCUGCAAAUGAUAAUGAUGAAUUUGAAAAGCAAAGGACUGCUGCUAUUGCGGAAGUUGCAAAGAGCAAAGAAACUAAAACCUUUGGAGGAGCAGGGGGUGGUGCCAGAAGUAAUCUCAGUAUGAACGCUGUUGGGAACCGAAAUAGAGAAGUUUUACAGAAAGAAAAGCUAACCAAAUCAGAAGGGAAGCAUGAAGGCGUCUAUAGAGAAUUGGUUGAUGAGAAGGCACUGAAGCAUAUAACAGAAAUGGGUUUCAGUAAGGAUGCAUCCAGGCAAGCUCUUAUGGAUAAUGGCAACAAUUUAGAAGCAGCAUUGAACGUUCUGCUUAACAGCAGUAAACAGAAACCUGUUACAGGUCCCCCUCCAAGAGGUAGAGGGAAAGGCAGGGGUCGAGUAAGAUUGGAAGAUGAAGAGGACCUGGGAAAUGCAAGGCCUUCAGCACCAAGCACGUUAUUUGAUUUCUUGGAGUCGAAAAUGGGGAAUUUAACUGUAGAAGAACCGAAGUCACAGCCACAACAGCUUCAUCAGGGACAGCACAGAAUGUCAAAUAGUGAACAAAAUGGAGUAAAAGACAAUAAUCAACCAAGAUACCUUUCUCGUAAUGAUACCAGACAGCCAAGAAAUGAAAAACCUCCUCGUUUUCAAAGAGAUAUCCAAAAUUCAAAGUCAAUUUUGGAUGGCGGUGGAUUGCCUAGAAAUAGAGUUUCUGAAAGACCAAGUAUUUCUUCAGGAUCUGAAGUAUGGGCUGAGGAGAGAAUCAAAUGUGAUAGACCAUAUUCUAGAUAUGACAGAACUAAAGAUACUUCAUAUCCUCUAAGUUCUCAGCACAAUAAUGGUGCUUUUAACAAAAGAGAUAACUCUAUGCAAAUCAGAUCAGGAAAAGGUCUGUCCUAUGCAGAGGCAAAAGAAAAUCCACCAGAAUUCAUCGAUUAUAAUCAUCAAAAACGUGGGAAAAGAGAAAGCCAAACUGGUAAUCCUGAUAAUUUUUAUGACAGGAAAUCACGAACAAUAAGUAACGACGCUUUUGGUGGUGUAAAAAUUGAAAAACAUUUUAAUGCAAAUACUGAUUACCAGAAUCCUGUCCGAAGUAAUAGUUUCAUUGGCGUUCCAAAUGGAGAGACAGAAACGCCCUUGAAAGGGAGAAGAGUGGAACCAAUUAAGCCAGCAGGAGCUGUCACAGCUGUACCCUAUGAAGAUAAAGUAUUUUACAGUGGUGGGCCCAAGAGAAGAUCUGGGCCAAUUAAGCCAGAAAAAGUGCUAGAAUCUUCUAUUCCUAUGGAGUUUGCAAAAAUGUGGAAACCUGGAGAUGAAUGUUUUGCACUCUAUUGGGAAGACAACAAGUUUUACCGAGCAGAAGUUGAAGCUCUCCAUUCUUCUGGUAUGACUGCAGUCGUUAAAUUUAUUGAUUAUGGAAAUUAUGAAGAGGUGCUACUAAGCAACAUCAAGCCUAUUCAGACAGAGGCAUGGCUCCAGAGGAGCUGGAAAUGCACAGGAAGAAUCAGAAGACCUGGGUUCGAGUCCCGGCUCUGCCACUUACUACCUAUGUGACUUUGGAUAUAAAGUUCUUAAAAGUGUUGGAGAGUCCAUCAGAUGAGGACAGACAAUUGGUGAACAUUCUCUGGCUGGCUUUUCAACCCCUUUUUCCAUGACUUAGCAAAACUCCUUUCCAUGAUAAAUAUCUAAGAAUAUUUAGAAACCCAAAUAUGGAAGGAAACUGUUAUAAUAUUUUGUUUAUUUUGUUUUCAACAUACUGUAUCAAGUUAUUUUAUGAGACACUCAUGCUAUUAUUUGGAAAUUAUUUUCCUUUCUAUAAUUAAAUGUGAUUCUCAUUUUAUAACUAUAAAUUACCUUCUAUUACCAAGGACCUACAGAAUUUUAACAGCUUGCCUGUCUCCUUUUUCCCCUUCCCUGGCCAGCCUGAGCUGUCAAACAUUGACAGAUGUGAAUGCCAGGGCAGUUUAAGAAGGAUUGUUAUAAUAAAGGCUAUAAAGUGUAUUUAAGAAACUUGGAGCUAUUUUGAACAUGUUGAAUUGUUACUCUUUGCAAUAGGAAGAAGAAGGCACCUAUGACCAAA